AUGCUAUCUGCUACUGCCUCUUCCUCAUCGUCUUCCUCAUCGUCUCUGCCAUCUUGCAUUGUCGUUCUCAAAUGCAAUGCUAACAGUCUUGCGCGCAUCCUAAAGAACGACAGCACCCAGGCGCCCUCUGCUGUCCUCACGACCAACUACGACGGUGCCGGUAAUGUGGGCUCUCCUGCUCGCACGGCGACACCCAACGUGCCUGGGCGCGUCAAAGAUGACCAGCAGCAAGCUGGAAGCAGCUCUCGGACUCCAUCUGCUGUCCCCACCGAGCGUGCCGCCAUGCCUGCUGAAGCGGCCCCAAAUGGUGCACCAACCCGCGUCUACCUGAACCAAAAGGUCACACAGCAUGUGCUCGACGGCAUGAAGAUGCUGGCUGUCAAGAAGCCUAGCGACCCCCUGCGCGUGCUCGGCGAAUUUCUUCUCAAGCGUAGCUCUGAGGUCGAAGCCGUACCAGCCGGCGAGGAUGCCGUCCCCACUGCCAGCGAGGACAAGCAGAUGAACGGCGCCGAGCAGUAA